GUGAGGUUACAUAACACACACGAGCAGAUCUAUUGAGUGGAGCAGUUUGGUGAAAUUUAGAUGCACAUUUUAAAGUAAAUGUUCCUCUGAGCCUCAUUUCAAAACAACAUCCUGCCAUUGACUUUUGGGUAAUAGGCUGUUUAACCAAUCAGAGGAGAUUUCAUUAACUGCACCUGGCAGGCGGCCUGCAGAUUAACUGCUGCUGCUGCAAACAUCCAAACUCUGUUUUCCUGUGGAACAUCACCUAACGCACUGAAUGGAGUCAUUACCUAAAGUGGAUGAGGCUUUUCCUUCACCUCCACCUUACUACAUACCAGAUGAAAGUCAAACAGGACAAGAUGGGAGGAUUUACCACAUCCAUUCACCGUUCAGUCCUCCACCUCCUCCUCAGUCCUUCUCCUUUUCUUCUGAUGGCCGCUCCGCUCAAACUCAUUUACCUCUGCCAGUGUCGUGUCCUUAUCCAUCUACCCCCAGGCCCAAGUUUGUGAGCUGUGAGAACCAGCUGUAUCGCUCUCCGGGCCUGACGAGCUGUCAUUCCUGUCAGGCUCAGGUCACCACACAGGUCGCCUACAAAGUCGGGACACACGCGUGGCUCAUGUGUCUUGUGUUUGUGUUGUGCGGGUUGGUGUUUGGAUGCUGCCUGAUUCCGUUCUUUGUGAAGCACUUCAAGGACGCCUAUCACACUUGUCCUCACUGUCGGCGGGUUCUGUAUGUCCAGAGGAAGACGUGCUGUGACUGAAGACACACACACACACACACACACACACACACA